AUGUCCCCUCGUGAGUUCGCCAAAGUCUCGACGCCUCACGUUGGUCGCGAUGACCUUCGUUGGAAGGCUUUGCUGAUUGCCAUCCUUUUGGUGCAGAGGGAAGGCACGCGGUCCGGAAGUACAGGUUGUGAGGAUUCAACAGACACUUCCACCUCCACAGCUCUUUGGAGACUUGCCGGCACCGGAGCUCGCGUCCUCAGCAGAACUUGCUCGGUUGCUGGGGGGAGCUAUGCCCCUCGAGCCGAGUCUGUGAACAUGGCAAGCCUCUUUGUGGCUGGUGUGACAUGGCCCAAGCUCUAUGUCUUUUCACGGCAUUACGGCGACAGGGGCAUGCUUGAGCCUGAGCGGGAGGCCAGAGUACCGGCUGAAAGCAGAACACCUGGCAAGAAACGCAAGGGCGAGGAAGAUGAGGAGGGCGAUGGAGUGCUGCGCAGCCCUGAGCUGCGUAGCCCUGAGCUUCAACCUGGGUCGAAGAGAUUUCAGGACAAGGCAUACCAGCAAAGGCGUUUGGCGGAGAUCAUUAAGUACCAGAACACCACUGAGACACUGAUCCCAAAGGCGUCCUUCCAACGUUUGGUGAAGGAAAUCCUCACAGACUUGCAAGCGCAGAUGCGUCAACCUGACCGAGAUCUGCUUGAGAUGGAGGACCAUCCUUUUCUGCGAAUGGAGAUUCAAGCGCUGUACGCUCUACAGGAGGCUGCGGAACAAUAUCUGGUGGGUUUGAUGGAAGAUGGCUACCUUUGCUCGGUGCAUGGCAAGAGAGUCACCUUAAUGGAGAAGGAUCUGCAUCUGGUGAACAAGCUGCGCGUGCGGAAGUUGACCAAAGUCGUGAAAACUGCCGCCAAACCCGACGGUGCAGAGGAGCGGCGGGCUGCGCAGAGAGCCCAGCGGGCUGACCGCGCGGCCGGCGCGGAGGAAGCGGACAUUUCGUGA